AUGCUGGAGGAGUUUGAAACGCCACCGCUGGAGCCCAUGCCGGAGGAGGAUGCCGCCUUUACCUUGGCUGAUCUUCGCCUGAAAUGGGACCAACUCAUUCUGGCUACGCCCAAGCACGGCGAUGUCUGGAACAUCAUCCCUCGACAGUUCUGGGAGAAAUUGUGCUCGACAGAGGCGCUGUCUGUUCAGGAGUUGGUGCAACAGUUGGGCAAGAUCGACUGCAGACCGCUUGUUGAUGACCAUGGCGCCAUGUUACCAGAAGACCAGAGUCCUCCGGCGCUUGCCAUCUCUCCAGAGCUCUUCCACAGCUUGAUCCAGCACUUUGGCAUCACAGGUGGGCCUGUGGCAAGGACUAUGCUUGUGGACGAGGCGUCAGGCGCCGUUUCCAUUGAGAGAAACCCUCCUCUUUUCAUUCUUCAUGUGCUCUCCAAAGAGUCCACGGGAGUCACCAGAAACAGAUACAGCUCGGUAUUACAUAGCCGCAUGGCCUUCUCCUUGUCCCUGACAAGCACUUUUCAGCAGCUAGAAGAUGCUGUCCGAAGCCAGAUUCACAAAAACCCAAGAGCAACGGUUCCCAUACGUUUGUGGUUUGUCGAUGCCAACGCUGCUAGAGAGAUGCCCUCACUGGUACCUGUGAGCAGCUUCAUCGAUUCUCCAGGGCGCAAGAGCUUAGUGACUCCUAAUUUGCUCGAUAAGACUCUCCACAGCCAAGGCAUUGACUCCUCGAAACUCCACAUUGUUGUGGAGCCUGCGGAUCGCAAAGCCUUCUUGGUGGAUGUCUACUUGGAGAGUCAUAUGGAGGUGCUCGAUUACAACACCAUCACUAGUUCUGGCGGCCGCUGUGGGCUCUCCAAUUUGGGUAACACCUGCUACAUGAACUCAGCAUUGCAAUGUCUCACUCACAUUCCAGAGCUCAAUUACUAUUUUUUUUUCGACUUGUAUCAGAAGGAGCUCAAUACCAGUAAUCCCUUGGGAUAUAAAGGCGACGUAGCCGUGGCCUUCUCAUCGUUGUUGCACAAGCUUUAUGGCUCGGCAAGCCAUUCUGCUGUGACCCCUAGAGAGUUUAAGUACACGGUUGGUCGCCACUCUUCCAUCUUUCAUGGCUUUCAGCAACAAGACUCACAAGAAUUUGUCAGCUGGCUUUUGGAUGCACUUCAUGAAGACCUUAAUAGAAUUCACCAGAAGCCUUACUGCGAAAAGCCCGAGCUCAAAGACGAGGAUGUCAAUAAUCCAGAGGCUAUAAAGCAGUUGGCCAUCACUUGCUGGGAUCAAUACAAGAAGAGGAAUGAUUCAGUUAUUGUGGACUUGUUCACGGGAAUGUACCAAUCCACGCUCGUCUGUCCUCUGUGCAAUAAAGAGUCGAUGACGUUUGAUCCCUUUAAUGAUUUGACUCUUCCCUUACCUGUCAAUAAGAAAUGGUUUCACGAACUCAUCAUUGUUGAUCUUUCUCCGGAUCGCUCCUCUGGGAGGAAGCCCAUAUCCAAGCUAGAGGUUGAACUCAACAAGUCGUCAAACUUUGAGGACUUGAUCGGCUACUUGAGCAGCUUCUUAAACGUACCUUCGAAAGAUCUUUUCUUGUUUGAACUCUUCUCAAAUUAUUUUUACAGGGAUUUUCAAGAGAAUAGCGCAGCCUCAAAAUUCUACCCCAUCAACGAGCUCAUCUCUGAUAACGAUAUCAUAGUCGCCUAUAUCAUCCCUCAUGAUCCUGAGAAUGACGUGAUACUACCCGUUCUCAAUACUGUGCAAGAUGAAGAUGCCUCAUACGAUGUCGCUGAACCAUUUGGAAUACCUCUAUUCGUGACUUUGAACAAGAACAGAGAUGUCUAUAGCUUUGGGACUAUCAGACGAAAGCUCGAGCAAACUGUGAAGAUUCUCAGCAAUGCAGACAUAGAAGCCAAGUAUAUGGAAUUGAAGGGUAGUCUGACAGGCUCCCGUUUUACCGCAGAGAGUUUCCCUUUACUUCGGGAUGAAAAGCUAGCCGUGGACGCUGAUAUGGUUGAAGCUGAGACUGAACCUGAAAAUGAUGAUGGUUAUGACUCGGAUAUAUCGAUGUCACAUCCAGAGGUCGGCGCAGACUACGGAUUCACGAUCAAGUACUAUGAGGAGGAUGGCUCGCGUCAUGUACCCACGCGUGGGCCACGAAGAUAUCAGCAAGGCUUACGGCCCAGAUACCAGCUGAUGCUUUUGGAAGAAAACGAUACCUCAAAACGUCCCAUCUACGUUCCUCAAGGCCGCCCAUCCUUCUUAAAAUUGCCCUUACUAGCCACAAAGCUUCCUGAGUUGAAGCGUAAAUACUAUCAUUACCCAGCAUACGCCGCUGAGGUCCAAAAGAGUGAUGUUAUAGAGGCCGCCGAUGGAGAAAUCGAACUUGUCGCGCAGGACUCUGAUCGGAGAUCUCUUACGCCAAUCAGAACUGAUUCUGAGCAAAAGGGCGAAGUCAAAGAGCUGGAUGAUGACGAGAGUGGCUCUAAUUAUUGCGAAUUACAACUGCUACUCGCUAGUGAUACCAUUGAGCGGCAUGCCCCUCCCGCCGUACCUCCUAGCGAAACUGGUCAUGAGGCGGGAAGUGAGAUAUCGAGUCCUCCAGCUUACGAAAAUCCUGAAGCCGAACUGAUGAAAAUUAAGGAACCCAAGCCAGUCCUUGUCGAUAGCAAAACGACGCUUGUAUGUGAAUGGGACCUGCUGAUCUUCAAACAGUUUUUCAAGGAUCGUGAACAACAAGCUUGGGAAGAUAUAACGAGCAUCCCCAAUCCAGUAUUGGAAAAUAACAAACGCAAAUUAGCGUUGCAACAAAAAUCAACAGUCUCACUUUAUGACUGCUUGAGUAACUUCAGCACUCCCGAAGUUUUGGGUGAGCAGGACUUGUGGUACUGCCCUCGUUGUAAGGAUCACAAACGUGCAACCAAAACCAUACAGAUAUGGUCAACAGGUGAUAUUCUCACCAUUCAUUUGAAAAGAUUUUCCUCCGCCAGAGCAUUCAGUGACAAGAUCAACAUGGUGGUGGACUUCCCUAUCGAGGGUUUAGACAUGAGCAAUUAUGUUCAAGCAGAAAGCGAGGAGCCACUCAUCUACGAUUUGGUCGCUGUCGACAAUCACUAUGGAGGGCUUGGAGGAGGUCACUACACGGCCUACGCUAAGAAUUUUAGGGACCAAAAGUGGUACUAUUUUAAUGACAGCGGAGUUAACGAAGUGAAUGAUCCCAGAGAGGCUGUCAAGGGCGCCGCAUAUCUUCUAUUCUAUAAAAAGAGAAAAUCGUCUGCUUUUGCAGGAGGUCGAUCUGUCGAACACUUAUUGAACGAAGGUCGUCAGUCCUUUGAACUGAAACUUGAGCAUUUGAGACGUCAGGUGCUUGCUGUGCGGCAGCAAGUGCAACUUUAUGAUCAAGCGCGAGAUGAAGUAUUGCAACAAGCGGAAGCUAAAGCUGAAGCUGACAGACAAAGAGCCGCAACCGCAGCACAACAGAAUUGCAAUGAAUCUCAGGACGCUGCUCCACUCUCAUCCUCUUCAAGUGAAGAUGACCUUUACGAAGACAACCCAACAAUCGUCAAGAAGGAGAGACCUACUUCGAUCGAACAGCCCAAUGCGGAUUACGAAAUACUGAGAAAGCAGAGGUUGCUUUCUAAGGGUGUCGACCUGCCUCGUUCGGUGCACAUUAAUCAUGAUUACUCUUCAUCGGUUUCCAAUGUUGCAAGUCCCACAGGCGAUGUGGAAUCACCAACCAAGGAUUUCCCAGGAGCGCCAUAG